AUGAGGCUGGACCUAUCCUUUAAAACAGCGCCGCCGCCGCCGCCACCUUCUUCCCCUCCCGCUGCUGCUGCUUCGCCCCCUGCCCUUGCCGCCGCCGCCGUUCCUCUCCCGCCGGCGGGCGGCAGCGAUUUCCGCGACCCGGUCGUGCGCUCCAAGCUCAUCGUUUAUUUGGCGCUCCUGGGAUCCGAGAACCGCGAAGCGGCGGGACGUUUGCACCGCCUCCUGCCCCAGAUAGACGCCAUCCUGCAAUACUGCCGGCCCGUCGGCCCUCUGCGGGCCGGGCGGGAAGUCGAGGACGAGGCGGUGGCCCUGGCUGGGCCUCGGGCGGUGGAAGAGGGCCUGGGGCUGGUGGCUCAAGAGGAGCUCCUGCUACUCUUCACCAUGGCUUCCCUGCACCCCGCCUUCUCCUUCCACCAGAGGGUCACUCUCAGGGAACACUUGGACCGGCUGCGGAGGGCCCUCUGCCGGGACACCGAGGAGGCGGACGGGCUUGCUUGCCAUGGGAACCGGAACUUCCCCCAUCAUUGUAUGCCAAGAAAUGAGGGCAGUUUACUUGAACAAAGGGCAGCAUCUCAUGAUAAAUCUAUGAUAGCCUCCCACAAACCACAGCAAGAAGAAAGAAAUCCCACUCCUAGUUCAUUGGGCUUAGUAUCAGCUGUGCAUAUUCAGAAGAUAAUGUUGAAAGGAGCACCACGGAAAAGAUCUGAUAAACAUCUGGAGUAUACCUUCAAAGUAAUCUGGUCUGAUCAUUCUAUAUCUUGUGUGACUAAAACACACCAGGAACUACAGGAAUUUCUACUGAAACUUCCAAAGGAACUUUCUUCUGAAGCAUUUGACAAGACUAUUUUAGGAGCACUAAAUCAGGGCUUCCAGAAGCAAGAAGAAAGGCGACACCCAGACUUAGAGCCUAUGAUAAGGCAACUGUUUUCAACUACAUCUCAAGCUUUUCUGCAGAAUCAGAGAGUAAACAGCUUCUUUCAAUCUCUGUCAGUGGAAUCUUUCCAUGCUCACAAUAACUUCCAAACUUCUUUGAAAACAUCUAAGAUGCCGGAACACUUCAAGGAGGACAGUUCUGAAGCUUCAAGUCAAGAGGAAGAAAUGAUGCAGCACACAUUGAUUCAUAAGAAACACAAUGGGAAAUGUCCUGUGGCCAACUCUAUUAAUACAAAAUCAUCAUCCAUGGAUGGCUUUGAUGUAACCCAUUCUGAAUAUAAUGGUGUGGCAGACUGGAGAAGAAAAGGCUGUGCUCUUCAGCAGCAUCCAGAACAUUGUGCAUUACUUGAUCAGAAUACAGGAGAGAAGAGGAAUUUGCCUGCAGUGAGCAAGAAGAAAGGAAAACUGCAGUCAGAAAAAGAUAAAGUAAAGAGAACUGACACCAGGUUAACCACCAGAGCUAACUGUGUAAGAGUAGCUGAUGCUCACCAUCUCCACCCAGGAACAGCAAAAGAUUCAAAUUUAGACAUCACAGUUGGACAUGACACUUGUGGAGAAACCUCUUCAGAGAGUUACAGUUCUCCUUCUAGUCCACGGCAUGAUGGAAGGGAAAGCUUUGAAAGUGAAGAAGAAAAAGACAGAGACACAGACAGCAAUUCAGAAGAUUCUGGGAACCAAACUGUGCUGCGGUUUACUGGCUAUGGUGCUACAGACCUUAAUAAGUCCUCAGCACAGAUUUCAGUGAGAUCAGACAAUCAAAAUAUAGUAGACGAUCCUCUGAGUUCACAGUUUCAACCCAUUUCUUUUAUGCCUCCCCUGCACUGUGUGGUGCUCAAUGAUGGACAGAAACCUGAAACAGUAGUCCCGCCUCCCAUUUCUGCUGAUGGAAAAACUCUGGGAAUGAUGGUUGCCAAUUCAGCUCCUGUUGCAAUGGGCUCAACCGCUGAAUCUGAGAAGCAUGUUGAACUUUUGUCUUCCCCUUUGCCAACCACCUUUCUCCCGUCUACAGUCCAGCACUUAACAGUACAGAGAACGAAAAUAUCUUCACCUCAGACAUCACCUGAAAGCUGUUCAGUUACUGGGCCACAACCACAACAAACAGGAAACAUAAGCAUUGGAUCGCCAAACACUGCCUUUAUCCCAGUUCAUAACCCAGGUAACUUUCCUGGAUCCACAGUUCCCACUACAGAUCCAGUCUCAAAAUCUGCAUCCCAUGUGAUGGGCUUAAAUCAGAUGGUGCCUCCUCAUGUUGAGGGAAACACAGGAGUGAUCCCUCAGUCUCCCAGUCUAAAAGUAGUUCCUGCAGCUGGUCUUCCACCAGUUCCUUUUACUGUACCAAUAACUCCUCAUGCUACCAGCGUGUUGCCCAAUCAAAAUACAACUGUAUUGAAUACUGUGGCUUCACCACCACCACCUCCAUCAUCUGGUCUCUGUGUUAGUCAGGUCCAGCCUACUGUUCCUCCUGCAAUACCUACCCACACGCCAGGUCCUGCACCUAGUCCAAGUCCUGCUUUAACACACAGCACUGCACAGAGCGAUAGCACAUCAUACAUAAGUGCUGUUGGAAAUACUAAUGCUAAUGGGACUCUGCUGCCUCCACAGCAGUUAGGGUCUGGGCCUUGUGGGUCUUGUGGUCGCAGAUGCAGUUGUGGGACCAAUGGAAGUCUUCAGAUUAACAGUUAUUUUUACCAUAACGCACUUCACGGACAAGUCUACAGAGUUCCGCCUUUCUUUACUCUGCCAUCGCUUUGCAAUGGUAGCUACCUCAACCAAGCACAUCAAACCAAUGGAACACAGAUCCCUUUUUACUUGCCUCGGGCCCCAUAUGCAAAUGGGCUGAUGCAUGACCCAGUAAUGGGGAGCCAAACCAGCUAUGGUAUGCAGCAAAUGACAGGAUAUGGAAGGUUCUAUCCUGUGUAUCCAGCUCAAAAUGUAGUUGCCAAUACUAAUGGAUCAGGUCCCAAGAAGAAUGGGAAUGUAUCCUGUUAUAAUUGUGGUGUUAGUGGGCACUAUGCACAGGAUUGUAAGCAGUCAUCUAUGGAAGCCAGUCAACAAGGCACUUACAGAUUGAGAUAUGCACCUCCCCCACCCCCUUCUAAUGAUACGUUGGAUUCUGCUGACUGAAACCAAGUAAACAUUGCCUACAUACCAAAAUGAAGGUUGGGAAAUCUGGGGAAUUCUUUGGAUUUGAGAGAUUCCUUGUGUGUGCUUAUGUUCUGUUGCAUUUUUUUCAUUGCUCAUGAACACCUGUUUAAACACAAAAGAAGAAAGCUGUUUUCUCCUGGCCUGACUUGCAUAAAGUAUAAGGCUAUCUCAGUCAUUCAAUCAAAAGAACAUUUGGAAAAUAGACUUUUGCACUGAAGACUUGAGACGUGCAAUGUUUACUGCAUUUUGUAAAGGUCAUUUAAUUUCUGACUACACUGGUUUGAACAGCCGUAUGGUUGAAAGGAGAAACUGGGUCACACUCCCGAAAGUCACCUUUUCCUUCCCCGCUUUUUCCUAUGCUGCUACUGUUCUUUCUCCCACCUUUGCUGGCUCUACAUGUCUCCAUAGGAUUGGAUGGAUGUUCAGCUGUUUAAACAGACCCUGCCCAUGACUCUAGUAUAAAUUCUUGUGCUUGUGAACUGAUGGGGGCAUUGCUUGCUUUUCUUGAGAGGCAGAAAAUUCACAAAAUAUAUACAGCUCUCACGUGCCUAAAUGGAAAAUAAAUAAAUAGGAUGGGAAAGGUUUAAAAUGGUGUGAACGCUUGAGAUUUUUGAAAUAGAAAUAUGUUGAACAAUUUUUUAAAAUUCUGUUGCAGUUUUUUUAAGCCUGUUCAAAUUGAGUAACUGGUAUGGAUGCCUUAGUUUGUGUGAUUGUAUUUGUAAUGGAAAUUGGAAACAAGUACCUUUAUUGAACAUAUUCUACUAUGUCAGUACAAAAAAAAUGACUAGAUUUUUAACAUCUUCCCCUUUAAGCUAUUACAGUGUUGUGUUUAGAAUGUAAAUUGUUUAUUUCAAUCUGGACAAAAACCUGUGUGUAUUCAAAAAAAUCUGUUGGUAUUCGUAUGCUAGAACCAGUCUACCAAAUAGCAAUGUCACUUUCUUAUGACAUUUACCACUGUGUGAUCACGAUAUAAUGUGAAAGACUCCAAGGAGUGUGAAGAUUGAUCAUGUUAGUGUCAUAUCACUAAGUUUAACGCUGCUGUAUUUUGUUUCUAGAAGCCAAGAUGUACUAAAUUGCUUCCAGGUAAUAUUUGAUUUCUGAAGUGCACUGAGUUUAUCUGGAAGAAAACCUUUGACUGUUGAAAUCAACACUGAACUACCACCAUUUGUGUACCCAUAGGUAUUGCAACUCAUAGCAGAAAUGUAGAUUAUACUUGCUUUUGUUUUUCUAUUACAGCAGAUGGAAGCCAGAUAAAACAUUUUCAAUUAAUUCUAAUUGUUAAAAAAGAAACUUGAAGAAACUUGAUUUACUACAUUUCUUCAUAGAUAGCAUUUAUAUUUAUAGCACCAAUAUAUUUUGGAAGUGAGGGGACAAAGGGAUAGAUGAGAGCUUUAAUUUAAAAAGAAAAUUACCAUAGGAAAUUAUUUUGGUUAAAAAUGUGCUGGAUAUGUUGGACCAUAAUAAAAUGAAAUAACUGCUUCUGAGUCUAGCAAGGGUGUCAGAGCACCAGUGGACCUGCAUUCUCAAUUAUCUGCCAGUUUUCUUUAUGGGACUUAUUUUAUGAUUUAAGAUACUGUACUGUAAAUAGGAGGCAUGUUGCCUUCUCUUUCUUUGUAUGUUUACCAUAUACUUUGAUAUUUGAAAUGUUAUGUACUGGAAAGGUCACUUAUAUUUCUAGAACAGAUUGGAUUUUAUGCAGCAUUUUUCCUUGGAUUAACAGCAAUAAAAAGAGAAAAAGCAUC